AUGGCGGCCAGAUCAGCAUCACCCCUCCGCGCUGCCGGCCCUCACGCAGGCCCCGCCCCGCGGGCUACCCGAGCGCCGAUUGGUCGAGAGGUCCCGGGGAGGGCUGCGAUUGGAGGAGGCGGGGCCGGGCAGGAGGCCGCGCUGAGGGCAGCAAUGGACGGGUCGCUGUCGCUGUCCCUGGACGCGGCCGCGCUGGAGGUGAUGGAGGCGCUGGAGCUGCUGCAGCAGCGGCGGGAGCAGCUGGAGCAGCACCUGCGGCAGGGCUGGCUGUCCCUGGCUCAGGCCCGCUACUCCCUGGGCUGUCACCGCGUCUCGUCCCUGCAGUACGGGGCCACCAUGGUGCCCCGAGUCCGUGUGUGCCACAGGCAGGACCCAGAGGGGCGUCCCCACUUUGAAGAGGUGCCUGGAACAGGGGGGGACCCCCAGGACCCUGACCCCCAGCAGGGGGGGGGUGAAGGGCUGCGGCAGCGCCGGGGAGCCCCGGAAAAAGAGGGGACCCCCACCCGGCCCCCCCCGGACCCCCUGGGCUGGUUUGGGGUCCUGGUGCCCCCCAGUCUGCGGCAGGCCCAGGGCAGCUUCCAGAAGGGGGUGACGCUGGCAGUGGAGGUGGCCGAGCUCCAGGCCACCAUGGAAGCUGCGGCCGCCCGGUACCGACAACUCCUGCAGCAGAAACGUCACCUGGCUGGGGACAGCGGGGACAGCCAGACCCCCACGGGAACCCCUGGGGACAGCAAGGGUGACAGAGAGAGCUCAGCGACUGCGUGACACAAACAGCGAGGACACAUCUGCAGGUGACACACGGCAGCACAGGUGACACCGCGAGCCACGGGGACACAGGUGACACAGGGCUGCGCUGACCCUUCACGGGUGACACAGCUGCCACCAGUGACACGGAGGACAGAACCUGCCUGUGGGUGGCACCAAGUCCCCAAGGCCCGGAGGCGACACCGAGGACUUUGCGUGAUGUGACCGGGGGCGUUGCCCAUGUCACCACCCCCAAUAAAGCCACCGUGGUGCCCCCGGACUUGCUGCCGUCCUGGUGCCACCACAGGGUCAUUUGUCA